GCGAGUUAGCUGCUAGCAUUAGCUUGUUGUUUGUAGCAGCUCAAGAAAAAAGGAUUUAAGCGUUUUUUUUUUUAGAAAACUCUAUCUACCACAUUGAUGUUUAUCUUGUAGAUGCUGUUUUUAUGUUUCGACGGACGACAUGCCGGCAAUACUGAGCUCCAGACCUCAGACAGGUCUGUCUUUCCUGGCACCAGAACCAGAAGAUCUUGAGGACCUGUACAGCAGAUACAAGAAGCUGCAGCAGGAGCUGGAGUUCCUGGAGGUGCAGGAGGAGUACAUUAAAGAUGAACAGAAGAACCUGAAGAAAGAGUUCCUCCAUGCCCAGGAGGAGGUGAAGAGGAUACAGAGCAUCCCACUCGUCAUUGGCCAGUUCCUGGAAGCUGUUGACCAGAACACAGCCAUCGUUGGCUCCACUACAGGGUCCAACUACUAUGUGCGCAUUCUGAGCACCAUCGACAGAGAGCUGCUGAAGCCCAACGCCUCAGUGGCCUUGCACAAGCACAGCAAUGCCCUGGUAGAUGUGCUUCCUCCUGAAGCUGACAGCAGCAUCAUGAUGCUGACAUCAGACCAAAAGCCAGAUGUCAUGUAUGCUGACAUUGGUGGUAUGGACAUCCAGAAGCAGGAAGUCAGAGAAGCAGUGGAGCUGCCACUCACGCACUUUGAACUUUACAAACAGAUUGGUAUUGACCCACCCAGGGGUGUCCUUAUGUACGGACCUCCAGGUUGUGGUAAGACCAUGUUGGCCAAGGCUGUGGCACACCACACUACAGCUGCUUUCAUCCGUGUGGUGGGCUCUGAGUUUGUUCAGAAGUAUUUGGGUGAAGGCCCUCGUAUGGUGCGUGAUGUCUUCCGGCUGGCAAAGGAAAAUGCACCUGCCAUCAUUUUCAUUGAUGAGAUUGAUGCUAUUGCCACUAAGCGUUUUGAUGCACAGACUGGAGCUGACCGGGAGGUGCAGAGAAUCUUACUUGAGCUGCUAAAUCAAAUGGACGGCUUUGACCAGAACGUCAAUGUCAAGGUGAUCAUGGCCACAAACAGAGCAGACACACUGGACCCGGCCCUGCUACGUCCUGGUCGUUUGGACAGAAAGAUUGAGUUCCCCCUGCCCGACCGCAGGCAAAAGCGUCUCAUUUUCUCCACCAUCACCAGUAAAAUGAACCUCUCUGAGGAGGUGGACCUUGAGGAUUAUGUGGCUAGACCGGACAAGAUCUCCGGGGCUGAUAUCAACUCCAUCUGCCAGGAGGCUGGCAUGUUGGCGGUGCGUGAGAACAGGUAUAUUGUCCUGGCCAAAGACUUCGAAAAAGCUUACAAGACUGUCAUCAAAAAGGACGAGCAGGAGCACGAGUUCUACAAGUAGAGAUAAAAUACAUCCAGACAAAAGGUGGCCAGACACACAAGUUUGUUAUUGAUUUACGUCUGUGUGUCUGUAUCUACAGUGUGUCUUUUGUGGAUUUGCAGUCCCUGACCUGCAUUGAAAAA